CGCGCAGGCCGCUGCUUUAUAGGCCAUCCUUCGCGCGCCGACGACCGACGAGCCAGCUCGGAGUCUCCUCGUUCUCAAGGAUGUUGGCGCACGUAGCAAGUUUGUUGGUCCUUCUCCAGGCAGUGGGCGCCCUGCCCCAGUUGUCGACUAGCGCUGCUCCUGCGUCGAGCUCUGUGUCCUCCACAUCGUCGAGCGGGUCAUCGUUCGUCGUUUCGACCGCGACCGCGAGUGCCUCCGCUUCAGCCUCGGCGGUCCCGUCGUCGGAACCCCUGCCUCCCGUGCAGCCGUGGUGCAUCAGCGAGAUAUUUUGUGCGGGUGCGCUCUUGCAAGAUGUCAACCUUGCAGAAGUCUACAGCGACCCCAAGACGAUCGUCGACAAGCCGACGUCGAAGCGCUCGCAGGAGGUGCUCUCAGACUUUGCGGCGCUCCAGAACAGCUCCGGUGCAGCUGGGAUCACGGAGGGCGACAUUGUUGCGUUCGAGGACGACAACUUCACGGGCGAGGGGCAGGAGCUCGCCGUGGUCACGCUCACGGACUUCAACGAAAGCCCGGCCUUCCUCGAGAACGUGACGGACCCGCUGAUCCAGGCGUGGGCACAGACAGUGAGCGGGUACUGGGCGGACUUGAUCAGAGAGACGAACACGAGCGCGACAUGCCCGAUCUACCCGGACGCGGGCGACUGCGAAGGCACGUUCAUACAGCUCAACCACACUUUCGUGAUCCCGGGCGGGAGGUUCCGUGAGCAGUACUAUUGGGACUCAUAUUGGAUCGUCCAAGGCCUGAUCCAGAGCGAACUGUAUGACAUCGCGAACUCGACUCUACAAAACUUCAUGGACGAGAUUGACACGUUUGGUUUCAUUCCUAAUGGCGGGCGGAUAUAUUACUUGGACCGUUCGCAGCCACCCAUGUUCACUCGCAUGGUCGCGGACUACGUCGCCGCUACGAACGACACGGAUAUUUUGACACGCGCAAUCCCGGCCAUUGAGACUGAGUUGCAGUGGUGGGUGAACAACCGCAGCGUGCAGGUGACGAGCCCGUACACGAAUCAGACCUACACGAUGUAUCACUAUUCCGUCAAUAACACUGCGCCGCGACCUGAGUCCUACAUCGAUGACUACACUACUGCGUUUGACCCUACCUUGCCCUCCCUGAACGAGACGGAGCGCUCGGCGCUCUACGCAGAGCUUGCGAGCGGUGCGGAGACGGGAUGGGACUACUCGUCGCGGUUUGCUGCGCAGCCAUUCGCCGGUGGGACGAACAACACCAACCCUACGCUGCGCUCUCUGCAGGUGCGGGAGCACGUCCCGGUCGAUCUCAACAGCAUCCUCUACAAGGCACACACCCUGCUCGCGGACAUGUACAACUCCACAGGCAACGACACGGGUGCUGAGGCGCACCUCGAGACCGCGGCCUCCCUGCGCACAGGGAUCCUCGACUUGAACUGGGACGCAGAGAAGCUGGCGUUCUACGACUACAACCUGACUGCGGGCGCGCGGAACAGCAUCUACAGUAUGGCGACGUUCUACCCGCUCUGGAACGGGAUCGUGCCCGAGGAGGUGCUUGCGAGUGAGGAGAACGCGUUCGGGCACUUCGCCGGCGUGAACCUGGUGAUGAACCGGUAUAAUGGGAGCUUGCCCGUGACGUUCUUGGAGACGGGCCUACAGUGGGAUAACCCGAACGCGUGGCCGCCGCACCAAUUCAUCGUCCUCGAAGCGCUGUCCGCUCUCCCGUCCAACCUCACCUCGGGUGCGCUGCCCACUCCGGCGUCGAACGAGUCAACGUACGCGCUCGUCCCUGCCGGACAGCUCGGCGUUGCGGAGGACGGACUGCCCGGGCAGGUGCUCAGCGUGGCGCUCGGGAACGCAACGAAGCUCGGGCCUGAAGCUGACGUGAGCAGGCUGAAUGGCACGGUCGUCAAUGGCGGGAACGCCACCGAGGGCGAGGGAUGGGCGGAUGUGCUCAAGCGCGAGGUGGCGAAUCGCUACUUUGCGAGCGCGCUGUGCAGCUGGCACGCCACUGGUGGAUCCAUUCCGGGAUUGCUGCCGCAGCUGCCUAACGAAGUCUUGAACAUCACUGGUAGCAUCGGGAACACCGGUAACAUGUUCGAGAAGUUCAACACCACCGAUGUCGACUCGUCCGGCAGUGGCGGAGAGUACACUGUCCAGGCUGGUUUCGGUUGGACGAAUGGCGUUGUGUUGUACAUCGCCGCAAACUAUGGUCGCGUGCUCACGGCCCCCGACUGCCCCGAUAUCCUCGCGAUCGUCGGCGCGAGCAACAGCACCACUUCCACGACGACGUCAUCCGCCGCAUCGUCUAGCUCAACUGUGAGUACAACUGGCAGCGCGUCCGGGCAUAGCUCGACUGCGAGCACAACUGGCAGCGCGUCCGGGCACAGCUCGUCGGGCCUUGCUAGCAGCGCAUCUACGCAUUUUUCGUCGAGUGCAACAGCUGUGGCUAUCAUUGGCGGUAUCCUGAUGACUUUGCUAGCAUGAUUAGGAAUCUUGCCACCAAAAGGGUUUACUGACCCGCGUAUGUGACGGACUCACGAGCGGAAUGAUCUAGGCGGACUCCAGUUAUUGGUUGGGG